AUGGCACGCUAUCAGCUCACUAGCUCCCUGCUGCUCCUGGCCAUCCUGGUGGCUCACGUAUCCGCUGAGGCGCCGCGGCGUUUACGUUUGAGUCGACAGCGCCAGGCGUUUGCCAGGCAGGAGGUUCAGCCCACGCCUUACCCGUCUGCGGAUGAGCUGAAGCCGGAGGAGCCGGCACUCAUCUAUGGCCCACCACCGUCCACGGAUGUGAAUGAGCUGCCCGCCGAAGAGGAGCCGCCAGCAAACAGCUUCCAGCCCGAUGCCGAAGAAGUGGAAAUCGAGGAGAAUUCGCUGGAGGAGGUGACCACACCAGCAGCCGUUGCUCGCCUGCGCAGCAGCCGCCAGAGAUUGGCCAAGCUGCAGUUGGCCAAGGCGCAGCCCAAGCGCAAGCGUCAACGCAUUGCCCGCCUGGAGGAGUUGCCCGUGGAGGCGGCAGCACCAGCCGUUCCAGUGGCUCCAGUUGCCGCCUUGCCCGCACCCCAGCUCUACUAUGUGGGAGGCCAGCAGCCCUACCUGGUUGCCUACACUGCAGCUAGCCAGCAGCUGGCCUGGUAAAUGAUCCUGUGACUGAUUGAUUGAUCGAUUGUUAUUUGCAUGAAAAUGUUUUGUUUGGAGUAUAUUA